AUGGCUGCUUGUCAUCUCCGUUCAGUCAGUUUACCAACCGGAUCUCAUCCUCUAACUGCAAGUAUUGAGGAGCAACUGUACAAGUUGAAGGCAUCACAUUCCUCAUCAAUAGGGCAGAAACUAAAUGGCCUAAAAAAUUUGUUCGAGUGUGUUGAUGAUUUGCUUCAACUGCCAACCACCCAACAAAAUCUAAACAUGUCUGGAGAGAACGCAUUAAAUGGAUCUAUAGAGCUAUUGGAUAUGUGCGACACCACAAGAGACUUCCUUUCACAGAUGAAGGAAUGUGUGCAGGGACUCGAAUUAUCUCUCCGGAGAAGAAAAGGCGGAGACUUUUGCUUGACAAGCGAAGUUGAUGCAUAUAUGGUAUCUAGAAAGAAGUUGAACAAACUGAUUUGCAAGUCUCUGAGAAACUUGAAGAGAAAGGAGAGGAAUUGUUCACCAGCAGCAUUGAACAGUAACUCGAACACGAUUACCAUGCUAAGAGAUGUCGAGGAAAUUAGCGUUUCGGCUUUCAAAUUCAUCUUAUCUUUCAUUUCUGUGCCAAGGGCAAAAUCAAAGUCCUCUAUCAUCUCAAAAUUAUUGCAAUCCAAGCGCGUUUCAUGUGAAGUUGAAGCCAGUGAAAUAGAGAACAUUGAUGCUGAGUUGCUUGUCCUAAAAUCAAGCAAAGACAUCAAACAUUUGCAAAUUCAAAAUGUUUUGAAAGGAUUGGAGUCGUUGGAAUCAAGCAUCAAAGAAGCAGAGGAGGAACUUGAGUGCAUAUAUAGGCAGUUGGUGAAAACCAGAGUAUCCCUUCUCAAUAUUCUGAAUAAUUAGUUGUGCUGCAUCUGGCAACUACCAAACACAAUUUUGUAGCAUAGAAUUUAUUC